UCGCGCGUGCUCUCGGCGGCGACGUGGGGUCAGCUGCGCCCAGGCAGCUGCUGUGCGCGCACGAGUGCCCCGCCACGCGAGUGGGCACGACCCUCAGCUCGCCGACCGCGGAAGUGGGCUCGCGCCCGCGUUCUGUCACCACGGUGGCGGCCACUGCAUCUCGUCCCACCACGUCCGCGGCCCUGGGCGCCGUGGUGUCGGCGGGCCCCGAGCCCAUGACCGGCCAGGGACAGUCGGCGUCCCCGUCGUCGCCGUGGAGCACGGUCUUCUACCACGUCCGCUACGAGAACUUGGUGGCGGGCGUGAGCGGCGGGGUCUUGUCGAACCUGGCGCUGCACCCGCUCGACCUCGUGAAGAUCCGCUUCGCGGUGAGUGAUGGACUGGAACUGAGACCAAAAUAUAAAGGCAUUUUACAUUGCUUGUCUACCAUUUGGAAGCUUGAUGGACUACGGGGACUAUAUCAAGGAGUAACCCCAAAUGUGUGGGGUGCAGGUUUAUCCUGGGGACUCUACUUUUUCUUUUACAAUGCCAUCAAGUCAUAUAAGACCGAAGGAAGAGCUGAGCGGUUAGAGGCGACAGAAUACCUGGUCUCAGCUGCUGAAGCCGGAGCCAUGACCCUUUGCAUUACAAACCCAUUAUGGGUGACAAAAACUCGCCUCAUGUUACAGUAUAAUGGAGUUGUAAGUUCCUCACAGCGGCAAUAUAAAGGAAUGUUUGAUGCACUUAUGAAAAUAUAUAAGUAUGAAGGUGUGCGUGGAUUAUAUAAGGGAUUUGUUCCUGGGCUCUUUGGGACAUCCCAUGGUGCACUUCAGUUUAUGGCCUAUGAAUUACUGAAAUUGAAGUACAACCAACACCUCAAUAGAAUACCAGAAGCCCAACUGAGUACAGUGGAAUAUAUAUCUGUUGCAGCAUUAUCUAAAAUAUUUGCUGUAGCAGCAACAUACCCAUACCAAGUUGUGAGAGCUCGUCUACAGGAUCAACACAUGAUUUACCAAGGUGUGACUGAUGUGAUUGCGAGGACUUGGAGGAAGGAAGGCAUCGGUGGAUUUUACAAAGGAAUUGCUCCCAAUUUGAUCAGAGUGACUCCAGCCUGCUGUAUUACCUUUGUGGUGUAUGAAAAUGUCUCACAUUUUUUACUUGACCUUAGAGAAAAGAGGAAGUAACCUGGAAGAAGGCAGAAGCAGUGACUACAAGAAGGAUAAGGAAAUUCUCCUUUAUAAAUUCAGCAGACAUCCCCUCUUGCAAAGGACAAGCCAUGGCAACCAGUCAGUCCUCUGAUCUGUGGAAACCAGUGGUUUGCAAGAGUGGCUGCACAAUAGAAUAACUGGAGCUUUGUUCAAAGUUAAAUGGCCCUGACCACACCGAGGUCCCCUGAAGGAGUGGUGUCUAGGCAAAGAUGUCUUUUCAAGAUCCCCAAAGAAGCGUGAUGUGUGGCCAAGGUUGAGAACUCCUUCUCCAUGAUAUUACUGGCUGUUUUCCUAUCUCAUUGAACUCAGAAACUUUCAACCCUGAAACACGCCAGAAUCAUCAGGAGAUCUUUUGAAAAAGACAAAUGCUGGGGCUGGCGCGGU